AUGAAGUCCGCCUCUACCAAUGCUCUUCUGGGAGCGCUUCUCGCCGUCGCGGCAGAGGCUGCGCCGACUGUUGAUGAGCUUUACCCAUACACAGGCCCAAAAGUUCCCGUGGGCGACUGGAUGGACCCGACUGUCAAAGGAAACGGCAAGGGAUUCGUCCGCCUGGUAGAACCGCCCGCCGUGAAGCCUGCAUCUUCCAACCCGACCAACAAUGUCAAUGUCAUUUCAGUCUCGUAUAUACCAAAUGGCAUCAACAUCCAUUACCAGACGCCUUACGGCCUGGGAGAGUCGCCCUCCGUCAAAUGGGGAUCUAGCGCUUCUGAGCUCAGUAAUACCGCUUCUGGUAAAUCUGUGACAUAUGGUCGCACUCCUUCAUGCUCUGCUGCUGCCACGACUCAGUGCAGCGAAUUCUACCACGAUGUGCAAAUUGCCAACCUGAAAUCUGGAACAACUUACUAUUACCAGAUCCCAGCGGCCAACGGUACCACUGCAUCUGAUGUUCUCUCAUUCAAGACUGCAAAUGAGGCAGGGGAUUCUUCAGCGUUUACCAUUGCAGUUGUCAAUGACAUGGGCUACACCAACGCUGCCGGAACGUACAAGUACCUCAAUGAAGCUGUCAACGACGGCACUGCCUUUAUCUGGCAUGGAGGUGACCUCAGCUACGCGGAUGAUUGGUACUCAGGCGUGCUCCCAUGCGAAAGUGACUGGCCAGUGUGCUAUAAUGGCACAUCCACCCAGCUCCCCGGUGGCAGUGUCCCCAAAGAAUAUGAUACUCCUCUUCCAAGCGGCGAGGUUCCCAAUCAGGGUGGCCCUCACGGUGGUGACAUGAGCGUACUCUAUGAGUCAAACUGGGAUCUGUGGCAACAGUGGAUGAACCCCAUCACUCUCAAAGCACCUUACAUGGUGCUUCCAGGAAACCACGAGGCCAGCUGCGCAGAAUUCGAUGGCCCCGGAAAUGUCCUGACAGCUUACUUGAACGGCGACAAGGCUAAUUCAACAGCUGCGAAAUCUUCACUCACCUAUUACAGCUGCCCUCCUUCACAGAGUAGGAACUUCACCGCCUUUCAAAACAGGUUUCGCAUGCCCGGAAGUGAGACAGGCGGAGUUGGAAACUUCUGGUACUCUUUUGACUACGGCUUGGCUCACUUCGUUUCCCUUGACGGAGAAACCGAUUACCCCAACAGCCCCGAAUGGCCAUUCGCCAAAGAUGUGAAAGGGAAUCAGACGCAUCCUUGGGCUAACCAGACCUAUGUUACCGACAGUGGUCCAUUUGGUAGCGUUGAUGGCAACUACAAUGAUAAAACAGCAUAUGCGCAAUAUCAAUGGCUGAAGAAAGACCUAGAGAGCGUGGACCGCUGCAAAACACCUUGGGUCAUUGCCAUGAGCCACCGCCCGUUUUAUAGCUCGCAGGUCUCAUCUUAUCAAGCAACCCUCCGUGCCGCUUUUGAAGAUUUGAUGCUCGAGAAUAGCGUUGAUCUUUAUCUUGCUGGGCACAUCCACUGGUAUGAGCGCCUGCUUCCCCUUGGAAGCAAUGGUACUAUCGAUUCCGCCUCUAUCAUUAACAACAACACCUACUGGACAAACCCAGGUGUUUCAAUGGCUCAUAUCAUCAAUGGAGCUGCGGGAAAUAUCGAGAGUCACAGCACUCUAGACUCGGAUCCGUUGCUGGAUAUCACUACUUACCUUGACCAAACAAACUACGGAUUUGGCGGAUUAACCAUUCAUAACGCUACAGCUCUUUCGUGGAGCUAUAUUCACGGCUCUGAUGGUACGGAGGGCGACAAGCUUAUUUUAUUGAAGAGAGAUGCUUCGGCUGGAACAUGCAGCCCCUCGACCUCUUCUGCAGCUGUUUCAGGUACGGCGACUUCUACGCCGACAUCUGUCCCAGUAUCUUCGUCUGUGCCUUCAGGUGCUACUACUGUAACGGAGGUUGUUACGAGCUACACGACAUACUGCCCAGGUAGCACAACUUUCACGGCUGGAUCCAGCACUUACACAGUCACAGAGGCAAGUCUUAUUUCAAUACUCCCCAAUACUGGGCACUAG